AUGGAUGCCGGCAAACUGACCGCGGAACAGAGGGCCAGAAUCCAGCUAAAGCGUGAGCAGGCUUUAGCCCGCAAAAGCGCCAGGCUUGCUGCUUCCUCCGGUGAAGGUGUCGCCAAGCUGACUGUGGAACAGAGGGCCAGGGCCCAGCGGAGUCGUGAAGUCGCUCUGGCACGCAAAGCUGCCAAGCUUGCAGCAACAAGGUUUGAAGCUUCUUGCCAGCAAAGCUCGGAGCAGCUGUCAGCGACUUCGCCUGCUGCAAACCCGGCCGCCAAUAUCGCCUCGACUGAGGACCAGACAUCAACAGAAGCCGCACCAUCAGCUCCUGCACACGUUGCCAACAUGACCUUGACUAAGCAUCUGACAACGUCAGAGGCGACCGUGCCAGCAGCCGCGGCAAGCCAUCACAGCAUUACUCUGAUUAAGGAUCUGACAACGACAGGGGCAGGUGCAAGGGCAUGGUCUCUGAAAGUCGAAGUUGUCCGCAAGGAUCAGGAACUGAAGCCGACCAGAGAUGGCGGCAAGUGGUUCUCAGCCCAGCUACGCGACAAGACUGGAGAGGUUCGCGCAGCCUUCUUUCAACAAGCAGCGCUUGAGGGCUUCGAGCAGCUAGAGCAAGGUCACGUCUUCCAGAUCUCAGGAGGGGUGGCCAAGGAAGCAGCAUCCCCCAAUUCCGGAGUUCAGCUCACUUUCAGCAAGCUCACGCUGCGUGCGGCUUCCUUCAGCACCGAGGAACUUGAGGAUCCGCUUGCCUGGACCUUUGUCACCUUUGGUCAGAUCUUUGAUGGGCAGAUUGCCGAGGGCAGCUUGGUCAACGUGCGUGGCACAGUCCUCGAGGAGGAAGAGCAAGAGGUUCUGGAACUUGGCAGCCACGAUGCGAAGCACAGAAGGGCCACGUUGUUGGGCGAAGAUGGCGAGACCAUUCACGUCGAUUUCUGGGGGGAGGCAUCCGAAGCCUCGUACAAGAACGCAGAUAUCCUCUGCCUCCGCAACAUGAAAGUCCGUGGAGGCCGCGACGACGACAUCGACUACACGCUGAGCACGGUCUCUUCGACCCGGAGUCGCUCGCUAGAAAGAGGCUCCACUUCUGCAACGGCGGAGCUGCACCGAGAACUUUGCAGGCACAUGGAAGAGGCGCGGCAACAGCUCUCGGAGGAGAAGCUCCGCAAAGAGGAGCUCGCCGCAAGACGAGCCGCUAGGCAGGCGGCCAGGCUCAGGGAGAAGCGGCGCCUUGAGGACUUGCGCCUCAAAGGGAAGCUCAAGUGCAAGGCCUGCAAAAGGAAGAUCAUCGACUUCACUGCUACGUCCGACUGGGACACGCGAGAGGCUGUUGUGGUGGGAAGCAUGGAUCCGUCGGCCUGCUUCACCGCGCUUCACCACACCGUCGCACCCAAGGUGCACAGCGCAGCUCUCAGGCAUGCGGAGCCCCUUCCCCACGGCCAGGCCAGCUCCAGCCAGUCCAGCCCAAACAGCCACAUGAAGGCGCUGGCGUUCACUGGCUCCGUGGCGGCCCUCUCCCGACACCUCCACCGGCACCGGCGCAGCCGCACCCGUGUCCAGGCCGUGGGCCCUGUGGUGGCCGCUGCCGCGGCCGCUGCCAAGGUCGCAGCGGCCGGGAAGUACGUCGCGGCCGGGGCAGGAGCAGCCAGCGUGGCUGCAGGCAUCAAGACCCUGUCCGAGGGCAGGCCUGCCCAACAUAGAAGCGGCCGAAAGCCCAAGGUCGUAGUCCUCGGUACUGGCUGGGGCUCCGUGACGUUUCUCCAGGGCCUCUCCGAAGACGUUGCCAACUACUAUGACAUCACUGUGGUGUCGCCACGGAACUUCUUCCUGUACACGCCACUGCUGCCUGCGAGCACCAUGGGUUCGAUUGAGGAGCGCUCCAUCGUGACCCCCAUCCGGCGCGUGAUCAAGGGCAAGGCGGAUUUCUUGGAAGCCAAGUGCGAAGAGAUCGACAUCGAGAACAAGGUGGUGAAGUGCACGAGGGCUGGUACCCCUGACUUCUCGGGCGACGUCGACUACGAGCACUUCCCGACGGACGAUGUGCCUCGAAAGAUGGAGUUCAACAUCAACUAUGACAUCCUGGUCUAUGGCGUCGGCGCGCAGACGAAUACCUUCCGCACCCCUGGCGUGGAGGAGCACGCCUUCUUCUUCAAGGAGCUGUCCGACUCGCGCAAGGUGCGCGAGAAGGUGACGGACCUCUUCGAGAGGGCCUCCUUGCCCACCUCCACCGAAGAGCAGAAGAAGAGGUGGCUAACCUUCGUGGUCGUUGGUGGUGGCCCUACCGGCGUGGAGGUGGCCGCUGACAUGGCAGACUUCAUUGAGGGCGAUGCAUCAGAUCUGUAUCCCAACCUCAUGGACUACGUCUCCGUCAAGUUGGUCAACACAGGCGACUUCCUGCUGUCCACCUAUGACCGUGGCAUCUCGCAGAAGUGCAUCGAGAUCUUCGAGGACAAAGGUGUGGAAGUCAUGGCGGGCUACCGCGUCACAGAGAUCACCAAGAAGGAGAUCCUUAUGAAGCAGAAGGACGGGGAGUCAAUGUCGCUCGAGUAUGGAUGCGUCGUUUGGGCGGCGGGAAUCCGGCAGAAUGAGCUGACCAGCCAGCUCAAGGACUCUCUCAUCAAGCUCAAUGAGGGCGUUUCGGACGGAAACGUGAACAUCCUCAAGACGCAAGCCAACGGCAUCAUCACCGAUGACUGGCUCCAGGUGCGCGGAAGUGGUGGCUCCAUCUACGCACUCGGCGAUGCCGCCAGCGUCCGCCACGAGCGAACGUCUCCCUACGCGGAUCAGCUCUUCCAGGCCGCAGACCUCGACAAGUCGGGCGACCUGACCCUGACAGAGCUGAGGGACCUCUUUCAGGGCGCCUCGGAUGAGUUCCCGCAGCUGGAAGAGUACGCCCAGUACUUGUCUGCCGCCGUGGAGGACGAGGGCCCUCGGGUCAACGCCAUCGCCAAGGUCUUUGGAGCAGCCUUGGAACGUGAGCGACAAGCCUGGAAGAAGGCAAAAGAGCUCGUCUCGCAGCGGGCCUCGGAUCGGACCAAGAGGAAGGGGACCGCCGCAGUCGAGGAGGAUUUCACGGAGGCCGAUGCCAAUAAGAACAAAGUCUUCGACCUCGAGGACAGGUUGAGGAAGGUGACUUACCACUAA